AUGGCGUGGCUCCUGAGACUCUGCACUUGGCUGCUGGCGCUCAGCCCCGGGCUCCUGGCGACCGUGCAGGCGGAAUGCAGCCAGGACUGCGCGUUGUGCAGCUACCGCCUGGCGCGUCCGGCGGACAUCAACCCGCUGGCUUGCACACUGGAAUGUGAAGGAAAACUGCCUUCUCUGAGAACCUGGGAAGCCUGCAAGGCGCUGCUGCAGCUGUCCAAUCUGGAGCUUUCUCAAGAUGGCGCCAACACCCUCCAAGAGAGCGGCAAACAGGAGGCGAGCCAUUUGCUAGCCAAGAAGUAUGGGGGCUUCAUGAAGAGGUAUGGAGGCUUCAUGAAGAAAAUGGACGAGCUUUAUCCCUUGGAGCCCGAGGAAGAAGCAAAUCAAGGGGAAACCCUUGCCAAGAGGUACGGGGGCUUCAUGAAGAAGGAUGCUGAGGAGGACACCCUGGCCAACUCCUCGGAUCUGCUGAGAGAGCUGCUGGGCACCGGGGAGAGAGGAGAAGGUGGCCCCCACCACGAGGGCAGUGACAACGACGAAGGAGUGAGCAAGAGAUACGGAGGCUUCAUGAGAGGUCUAAAAAGAAGCCCGCAGCUGGAAGACGAAGCUAAAGAGCUGCAGAAGCGAUAUGGCGGCUUCAUGAGAAGGGUGGGCCGCCCUGAGUGGUGGAUGGACUACCAGAAAAGGUACGGGGGCUUCCUGAAGCGCUUUGCAGAUUCUCUGCCCUCUGACGAAGAAAGCGAGAGUUACUCAAAGGAAGUUCCCGAAAUGGAAAAAAGAUAUGGAGGGUUUAUGAGAUUUUAGUAUUCUUUCUCCUCAGAGACCCCAGGCCCCAGCAAGCCUUCCUCUGUCCCCUAUGAGAGACUGCCUCAUUGACUGUGUUUGGCUGUCUUGUGUUGCUUGCAGUGUAUUUUGCCCUCGAUAGUCUGCCUAACUAGAGGACCUGAAAGAUGCCACUUCAGGUUCUGUGCUCUUUUUAGUCUCUAAGCGCAGUAUUGGUCUAUUGCAGCUAUUUGGUUUUCAUGCUAAAAUGAAUUUUGUUACCUUGUCCUUUAUUUUUGACGAACAUCAAUAAAUGCUUACUUGUAUAUAGAUACAAUAAACCCACAACCCUAACUGCAUAAUGUUCUUAUGAGUCUUUUCUUUUCCACGGCCCUCAAUUGCCUUUGGAUUUCCAUAGUAAAUCCUAGACUCAGAGACAGUAAAACCAUCUGUUAACAGGA